AUAACCAGAUUGAUUCAGAUUAUAUCCAAUAUAUUCUCUCUUUACUUUUUAGACAACAACGAUGGCCUCUAAAGCUUUGCAUUGCGUAACGAAGAACCUAGACUUAAUUCAAGAUUCUUACACCACAUCGUUAGUAACAUACGCAUUAGUGCUAGCAGAUCACCCCAAAGCUGAAGUUAUGAUAAGUCGUUUGAAGAACAAGACAGUCAGUCCGAAUGGUGCGAGUUUUACUUGAUUUGUACAUGUAACCCAAUGGCAAUAUAUUAGCAAAAAUUCAAAGGAAUAAUUUAAGAUACGUUUACACCCUGCGAUUAAUCGUGUACGAUUUGUAAUCUGGCGUAUUAAAAUGACUGCUGCCGCCAAAAUUCAUUAUAAUUGCCGUUUUGUUAAGAAGAAAUUUUAAAUGUAGGCAGCUCGCGUGUGUUUAUUCAAUGACAUACGCCAGAAAACAAAUCGUACACGAUAUAUCGCAGCGUGUAAACAUAGUUUUACUAUUAUAAAUAGGAAUUCCAUGCUCGUGCUACUAUAGUUUUGGCAGCGAUUCAAUUGAAACAAGACCCGAGUUAAUGUACAUAAAAAUAAUAUUCCUGACCGAACACGAUGUUUUUAAACUAUUUCUUUCCAGAAUAGCAUUGUCAAGAGAAAUCGUUUGCGAAAUCGAGUAGUUCAAUUAAAAUAGACUCAUCAAGAUAUUUAUUCAACUUAUUAUAAUUUAUUGAAUAAUUUAGAUGGGCAAAUUUUUUGGUCAGCAAGGAAUGAUAAAUCAGUACUGAUUGAAAAGACCAGAGAUGACUAUAACUACAAGCCUGCACCUGCUGAUGUGGAAAUGACUGGCUAUGCUCUAUUGUCUUAUCUGAAACGAAAAGAACUUCAUAAAGACAUAAUAAAGAUUGUAAAAUGGUUAUCUAAGCAACGUAAUUAUUAUGGUGGAUUCUCAUCUACCCAGGUGUGUUAAAAAAUAAAUUAGAAACUUAAUUUAAGCGUCCAUCGAACACUUUAUCCGCG